CAGGGACUCUACAGACAUGUCGUACACUAGCUGAAGUCAACCUGCAAUUUGGCUCAAAAUUUGAGCCAAAAACCAAUUCACAAUCGGCAGGGUUUUGUUGCAGAAAUAAUACACUAUAUUUUUUCCCGUGGACUGAGCACGAAUUUGUAAUCUUGGAUGGGAUUUUAGAUUUUUAUUCUCACUAAUGAACUGGGCUAGUUAUGCAGGAGACAGCGACUCUGUCAGGGGCUCAAGAUGGCAGAUUUUUAUUGAGUUCUGAACAGAAAUCUAGCUUUAUUUUUUGCCAUGAAUAACAGAAGUCCUUGCACUGAUGGCCCCUGUAUACGAAGGUAUGGCCUCGCAAGUGCAAGUCUUUUCCCCUCACACUCUCCAGUCAAGUGCCUUCUUUAGCGUGAAGAAGCUGAAGGUGGAGCAGAGUUCAUACUGGGAUAUGACAGGGUACGGCACGCACAGCAAAGUUGUCUACAGCCAGAACAGCAAGCAGCAAGUGUCCCACGCCACCCCUCUUGGCAUCAACUCCUCUCUGCCCUACGAGCAGCCUGCACUCAUCUUGCCGUCUAGCACGGGGCACAUCGUGGUCGCUUCGGCCAGCAGUACCUCGGGCACCGCAGGGCAUCUGGGGCCUCUGUUGGGCGUUAGCGGUAGCGGCGGUGGAGGCAGUAGCAGUAGCGGAGGAGGAAGUGGUGGAGCGGUCCACAACCUGACCCGUCGCAGCACUGUCAGCCUGCUGGACACCUACCAGCGAUGUGGGCUUAAGCGCAAGAGUGAGGAGCUCGACAACAGCAGUGUGACGAUCAUCGAGGAGCACUGCAGCGGCACAACGAUGAUCCAGAACGCAGCCAGUGGGGCCGCUGUGGCUGCAGCCACGGCAACGGCAACAUCGACAGCCACCUCCAAGAACAGUGGUUCCAACAACGAAGGGGACUACCAGUUGGUGCAGCACGAGGUGGUCUGCUCUAUGACCAACACCUACGAGGUGCUAGAGUUCUUGGGCAGAGGCACCUUCGGCCAGGUGGUCAAGUGCUGGAAGAGGGGCACCAACGAGAUUGUUGCCAUCAAGAUCUUGAAGAACCACCCGUCAUACGCGCGCCAGGGCCAGAUCGAAGUGAGCAUUCUGGCCCGGUUGAGCACGGAGAGUGCAGACGACUACAACUUUGUGCGUGCCUACGAGUGCUUCCAGCACAAGAACCACACGUGCCUGGUGUUUGAGAUGCUGGAGCAGAACCUGUACGACUUCCUCAAGCAGAACAAAUUCAGUCCACUGCCGUUGAAGUACAUCAGACCGGUCUUGCAGCAGGUGGCCACAGCCCUGAUGAAGCUCAAGAGCCUGGGCCUGAUUCACGCUGACCUAAAGCCGGAGAACAUCAUGCUGGUGGACCCCUCCAGGCAGCCCUACCGCGUCAAGGUCAUUGACUUUGGCUCGGCCAGCCACGUGUCCAAAGCUGUGUGCUCCACCUACCUGCAGUCCAGAUACUACAGAGCUCCAGAGAUCAUCCUGGGCCUGCCGUUCUGUGAGGCCAUCGACAUGUGGUCCCUGGGCUGUGUCAUCGCUGAGCUCUUCCUGGGCUGGCCCCUCUACCCAGGGGCCUCCGAGUACGACCAGAUCCGGUACAUCUCUCAGACACAGGGGCUGCCAGCAGAGUACCUCCUGAGUGCAGGGACAAAGACUACUAGGUUCUUCAACCGAGUCACAGACUCUACCAACUAUCCUCUGUGGAGACUGAAGACACCCGAGGAUCAUGAAGGAGAGACAGCGAUCAAGUCGAAGGAGGCCCGGAAGUACAUCUUCAACUGCCUGGAUGAUAUGGCGCAGGUUCAGAGCACUGUGAAUAUGAUGACAGAUCUGGAGGGUAGCGACAUGCUCGCGGAGAAGGCAGACAGGAGAGAGUUCAUCGACUUGUUGACCAAGAUGUUGACAAUCGACGCGGACAAAAGGAUCACCCCCAUCGAAACCCUCAAUCACCCCUUCAUAACCAUGACCCACCUCCUCCCCCACAGCACACAUGUCAAGUCCUGCUUCCAGAACAUGGACAUCUGUAAGCGUCGUGUGGGCAUGUACGACACGGUCAACCAGAGCAAGACCCCCUUCAUCACCCACGUGGCCCCCAGCACCUCCACCAACCUCACCAUGACCUUCAACAACCAGCUCAACACUGUGCACAGCCAGGCCACCAACCUGGCUCCCUCCACCACCAGUGCCACCCUUUCCCUUGCCAACCCCGAAGUCUCCAUACUAAACUACCAAUCUGCACUCUACCAGCCCUCCGCGGCCUCUAUGGCUGCCGUGGCCCAAAGGAGCAUGCCUCUGCAGCCCGGGGCCCCUCAGCUCUGUGCUGCCCGGCCUGACCCCUUCCAGCAGGCCCUCAUCGUCUGUCCACCAGGCUUCCAAGGGCUGCAGGCCUCCCCGUCCAAACACACAGGCUACUCUGUGCGGAUGGAGAACGCCGUUCCCAUAGUGACGCAGGCCCCCGGCGCUCAGCCGCUGCAGAUCCAGCCAGGCCUGUUGACACAGCAGGCCUGGCCCAGUGGCACCCAGCAGAUACUCCUACCCCCGGCCUGGCAGCAGCUUACCCACACCUCGGUCCAGCACGCCACCGUCAUCCCAGACUCCAUGAUGGCCUCACAGCCCCUGGCUAACUGGAGGAAUUCUCACCAGCACAGCGGCCAUUACAAUCCCAUCAUGCAACAGCCGGCACUGCUGACUGGCCACGUCACCCUACCAUCCAACCAGAACCAGCCUCUCAAUGUGGGCGUGGCCCAUGUGAUGAGGCAACCGUUGACCAAUAACAACAACUCUUCUUCCAAAAAGAACAAGCAGCAUCAGAUGACUGCCAGGAAUGUGUCUGCCUACGAGGUGUCCUCCUCCCAGGCUGUACUAUCCCCACAGCGCUCCAAGCGGGUGAAGGAGAACACCCCUCCACGCUGUGCUGUGCUCCAGAACAACGGCCCCUCCUCCGGCUCCGGCUGUGGACCCCCCCAGGGCUGCGGAGGGUGGGGAGCGGGCGAAGCAGAGCAGGCCUCCAGCACCACCCAGGACCACCACCAGCACCACAACAGGCCGCGUCAGACCAUCAUCAUCCCUGAUACACCCAGCCCCGCCGUCAGUAUAAUCACCAUCAGCAGUGACACGGACGAGGAGGAUGAUCACAAGCAGAGCAACACCAACCAUACCAGCUUGUCCAAGCAUAGGAAGAACGUCAUCAGCUGUGUCACGGUACACGACUCCCCCGACUCGGACUUGUCCAGUAACAACAGUCCCUACGCUGUAGAGUCCAGGCUGCCCAACAACAACGGCUACCAUGACUCCAAGACCACCCUACUGGACAACUACAGCAACGGCAACAACCCUCGCACCAUCAUCAUCCCCCCUCUGAAGAGCCAGUCCAGCGAGGUGCUGAGUGAGUGUGAGCGCCUGAUGCCAGGUAUCUACACAGAUAUCUACACAGAUGCAAUGAAUCAUCAGAAUUCGGCGUACAAGUUCAAAACCUCCAACGGCGUGGGUAUGAUGUCUGGCAACAACCACCUUUCGGGGGGCAUGGCUUACCGACAGCAGCGCUUGGGGCCACACCCCUUCCAGCAGCAGCAGCCUCUCAAUCUCAGCCAGGUAUGGAGAGAGAGCCAAGCCCAGCAGCACAUGGUAGCUGAGAGGAACGGAGGCCACCGGCGCCAGCAGGCUUACAUCACCCCCACCAUCGCAGCCCAGGCCCCCUACUCCUUCCACCACCACAACAGCCCCUCUCACACUGCCAAUGUGCACACCCACCUGGCUACCACCCACCUGCCCGGCCAGCCCCACCUUUAUACCUACACCGCUGCGCCCGUCGCCCUGGGCUCCACAGGCACCGUGGCCCACCUGGUGGCAACUCAGGGCUCGGCCCGCCACACGGUCCAGCACGCCACGUACCACACACCGGGCAUCGUCCACCAGGUGCCCGUCAGCAUGGGGCAUGGCGUGCUGCCCUCGCCCACCCUCCACCACAGCCAGUACCAGGCCCAGUUUGCUCACCAGACGUACAUCAGCGCCUCGCCUGCCUCCACUGUCUACACUGGAUAUCCGUUGAGCCCCACCAAGGUGAACCAGUACCCUUACCUCUAGAGCCAAGCCAACACACUGGAGACCCAGACCUCCCCAGACCACAGCACUGCUGAUGCUGCUCACCCCAUGUCCUCCCUCCCUAUCCCCACUCCACGGACAGAGAGAUAGAGAGAGAGACAUGCAUUCUUUAUGAAACUGUCACGUUUAACUUGAAGAUAUAACGACAGAGAGGAAAAGGGAAAUAAACUGCCCCUCUAAGGGAAAGGAGGGGUGGAUUCUUUCUCCAAAAGGGCCAGUUUUGCUUUGUUUUCUCUCUAGGUGUAUUUCUUUUUCUCAUUCUUUUACAGCAAGGUCUUCAUAACGGGCCUUUGGGAGAGAUGGAGGGUUUCUGUUCUUCUAAAACAGCUUUCUGUUUUGUUUUUCUUUCUUGAAUUGGGAACUGACUGUUUUAACAAGGGGCCCCUUUCUGGAUGUUGGAAUUCCCAAUGUGAGAAUUCCCAUGAGAAUUCCCGUGAGGAGUUGGGAAUGAAGGUGAAAUACGGAAACCUGCUGCUCUUCAAAGAAGAAGAAAAAUAACGAUGGCCUUGAACUGUCUUAAACAUUUCCAAAUCAUUCAAUGUGUGGGGGAGAGAGAACAAAGCACCCCUCCGCCCCCACCCCUCCUUCUCCAACAGACAACCGGAGUCAGGAGUCUUCUGGAAAUAUAACCAACGAAAGACAAAAAAACAUUCUAAUGUAUUUAUAGGUAUUUUCCCUUAGUUUUUUCGUUCUCACCUUUUUGAGGAGACUUAUGUUUUUGGUAUAGGAGUCUUAGCUGGGCCCUGUUUUUAGAAUGUAGCAGUCUGCACCCAUAUUAUUUUAUGAAGAGCUUUUUCUGAUACCAAUAGAAUUGAUUUGUUUCUCGUUUUUCAAUGUGAUUUCACAAAGUGGUUAGAAUAACAUAGGCAUGUACAACGUGAUUGUCUGUGUGUGCGUGUGCUACUGUCAGCCAUGUGUGUGUAGUCCAUCUCCUCUUGCACCUUUGUGCUAUAAUUUUCUGAAUCCUCCGCAGUCUUAGGUUUGACCAUUGUUCCCUUGUAGUGCCUUACAGAUAUAACGACACAGUUUAUGUCGCUGGAACCUUGAGAACUAACAGACUAGCUGGAACUGGUUCCUUGGUUUGACAUGUUAUUGUCGGGGCAGUUUUGAUUUCUUUUCCAGGUGUAGGCUUAUUUCCUAGCUCUGUUUCCUAUCCUUAUGACAGUAUACUACAGAGUUCAGAGGUCAGAGUUCAUAUUUGCCUGACCUUUGGCUUUUUUGUUAAGUGUGCAUGAGUUUAACUUGCUUAGGGUACUGAACCAAAGUCGUUAGAUCAAUCCUCGUUAUGUUGUGUGCUGGAUAUUAAUGUUAAUAUGUGUACAGUAUAGCUGUAAGCCUUUAUCACCGUGGGAUCCAUACAUACGAUGGCUUAAGUUUGAGAUGUGUUACUUUGUUUUUAUAUCACACAAGGUAAUUGGUUCACAGGAAUGAUAGAACAGAGAAGUAUUAGCACAAGGAUUCAUUUUGGGGUCAUGGAAAAUGCAGAAAUACAAGAAUGUGACUGUCAAAAACAUUUAUGUGAUGAGUUCAACAUAGGGCGAGGGUGACAGUCCAGAGUUCGACAAAAAAUAGGAAUCUAAGGUUAAAAGCUAAGCCAGUAGAAAGGCCUGAUGGGAAGUUGUGGUUGCUAUGGCUGAGAUCUUGAGAAGGCCAGUGAGAGAGAGUCUGGUUGGUUGCAGUGAGGAAGCAGAGUAUUGAAGGCUGGUGAGAUGGGUUGCUUGGUAGGAGUCAGACCUGGGUUGAAAUAAUAUUUGAAAUCUUUCAAAUACUUUGAACAUUUGUUAUAGCCUGCCUGGAUUGCCAGAUUCCAUUGCACCAGGCAAACACAAUCAAGCCCAACUAAAGUGUUUGAAAUGAUUUAUAAUAGGAUUUAAACCCAGGUCUGAGUAAGUGAGGGGCUAGUAGAAAGCAUUGGGUUGGUAUGGGUAGGAACUGAGGAUGGCAGAGUGCUAGGGUGGCAUUCCUCAUGUUAAUGGGACUAAAAGAAUAGCAUGUUGGCACUGAGCAGGUUGGUAGCAACAGUGAGCCCGGUGGGCAGGAGUUACAGGGGCACUACAUGAAUGCACACCUAACUCUGAUACAAGUUGUUGUGUUGUUGUUGUUGUUGUUGUUGUCUUGCAAAGAUAAAUGGAAGUUAUUUAGUAUUUUCUGCUCUGAGGAUUGUGUAGCAGCUCUCAGCAGAGAGGGAGAGACGUGAACGGAACAGUGUACACCUGGAAGGUCUUCCUAUGAAAUGAGCUUCAUUUGUUAACACUAUCUCCUUUCUGUCUUGGGAAUCAUGUGUUCACAGACAUCACACCACCAGAAAGGGAUACCUGAUAUGUAGUAAGAUAACUGAUUGGCCUAUUGCUUCUAUGUGUUUGCUACUUAAUUUAACAUGCAUUUUAUUUCUCGUAGCCAAUGAUAUAUUAAUAAUCUCUCUUGUUAUACUGUCCUCAUGAAGUGGGCACAUCAGAACUGCUUGUGGUUUUAGCAAGAGCCUUCCUCCUUAUCCAGUCAUAUCAUGCCAUAGUACUUGCAUUUGAAGUGAUUAUUUUACUUUUACGUUACUAUUGAACUUUUUUAAUGGCUGUAGGUACAGUAUAUAUUGUGUUAUUUUACAGAUAGUUGCAAUCAUUCUUCUGGAUGUCUUUAUCAGUGCAAGUGUUUUUAUGAUUUAUUAGGCUAAUUUCUAUUUUGAUUUGUAACUGGGAGUUGCUGUACAUUGAUGUUAAGUGUUCCUAGGAGGGUGUGUAUACCUGUGUAAAGUGUUCAGGCACCGUUGACAAUAAUAAGGUUGUAAAGUUGAUGAUAAUCCAUUGGGGCCCUUAUAGGUACUGUAGGUAAUUUAGGCUUGAGUGUGUCAGACCCAGGUUUGCUCCCCAAACCAAACCUAAAACAACAACAUCUUGGUGUAUAGACACAGUACAGUAGGUAUACAUUUCUGGUUACAUCGUUUUCUUUCUGUUAUGUGUUGUACCUUUGUUUGUACGUUUUUUGUUGAUUUCCAUAAGGCCUGUGGGCCUAAGCACACACAUAAGAGAGAUGCUUUUCCACACAAGAGUUUGGCUCCUCCAUAAAGAGGCAGACUACUGAAACAUUCCACUGCAGGGAGAAUCCAGAAUCCAUACUGCAUACCCGACAGCCCCUAUAGCUCUCUGAUCACUUGUCAUUUGGGGACUUUUCUUUCUUCCCACCAAAGAAAUUCAACAUGUUGAUGAUGUACAGUACAAACACAAACAAUCCCCUAUGUGGUCUGGCAAUAACUUCUGGUCAGAACAUGUACCUUUAAUGCAUUUAAGUGUGCUUUGAGGGCUAUUGAGGAGUUCUUAGCAAAUGUUUGUUUGUGUGUGAGACGUGCACAUAUAGUACUGUAGAAAGACAUACAGUAUGUGCACAACACACACAUAUGAAUGAUUAGAGUUGCCACAAUAUCUGCUUAUGGUUGAGCUAUUUUGAAGGAGUUUACUGCCAAUUGCAGUCCACCAUUCUCAAACAUCUAUGAUUUGAAAAAUGUUUUAUUUGAUAUCUGUCACUCAUUGCCCCCUAAAUGUACCAAUUGAAUCCUAUAACUUCUCCGAAUUGUUUUAUAUCAGUGUUUUUUACGUUGUUAAAGUUGUAUUUUAGCUUUAUUAAUGUUGUCAGCAAAUGAAUAAUAAAAAAUAAAAAAAACAUGUUAUAAGUUAGUGUGCCAUGGAAUGACCUAUAGAGUGAAAUGAAUAAAAAUAAUUACCAAUAAUACCUUUAAAGUAAUGGUCCCUAGCACAAAAUGAAUGUAAUAUGUGACCUGCUUCAUCUGAAAUGCUUUAGAUAUUUCUGCUUGAGCGACCAUUAGUUAAAGUAAAUAUUUGAUUUCUACAUUAUUUGUUGCCAUGCAAGAUGCAAUAAGUCUGUGAUUCCAGCAAAAACAACUUGACUCAACAUAAAUUCAUUAAAAAAAGUCAACAUUUGUAUUCCGAUAUGGGUUUUUCAAAUAUGAGGUAUUCGAUUUCAUUCUAUUUUUUUCCUGUAUAAUCUAGCCCUUUGAACCCUACACUCAAUUUUUUUCAAUGGACUUGCUAUAUUUUGAAUGCGAUAACAUUUAUUUUAAUGUGUAAAAUAUGUUAGUAUCGUACUAUUUUGUUUAACAUGUGUUAUGUGUUUUUUUUAAGGAAAAUAAGAAUCCGAAAUGUGAGCAUCAACAUAGAUCCAGUGACCUUACAAUUACCAAAAUGUGCUUCUUUAGAGUGUCAAGAAAUUAUUGUGGUAAUGAAGUUGGUUUACUUUUGAACAUUGUCUCUCCCCUGCUACAGUAGCCAUUUCAAUGUUAGAAUACUGCCUUCCAAAUAACUUAACGAUACCCUCAGAGCUUUAAUAUGUGGUUUCAAUUAAAGAGAGCUGUGUAAAGCGGCCUCUUUGUGAAGCCUGUUAUUUUUACGGCUUUGUUCUUGAAAUACUCAAGCUACACAAGAAGUGUUCAGCUUCAAACUUUUCCCACAGUGUGUUUGCGAGUACUCUUCCUGGAGCUUUGUUUGAAAUAUUGUGAAACAUUCCUGAAGGCAUGGCACACAUUGCCAGUUAGUCUUCUCAGGCCAAACCCAUCUGAAGUGACUUGAAUCAUUUUAACACCUUACUAGAAGAGAAUAACAAUCUUACAACCUCUCCACCCCUUUGAAAAAUGUUGCAAUCAUUUCAUGAGAGCUUUGCAUAGCACAUUCUCCCAAAGAAGCAGGGAGGUGGGAAAAGUACUUGUUUUAGGAUGAUUUAUGUUAUAUAUGUGACAGAAACUCCAUAAACCAGUAAUAACACAUUCUUAAAGCCCUUCUGUAGUAGAGUUGUUCUGUAUGUAUUUGUAUGUUUGUCAAGGGAAUCACCUCCUUCAUUGUUUUUUUCUUUGGGGAUUCAGGCUGAAUUGGAUAAGGGUUUGAUGCUGUCAGUAAUGGAAUAUGUCAAGUGUUGUUAUCAUUUGGCCCGUUUUUGUACACAUGUACUUAAGAACCUAAAUGUAUUUUAUGAUCAUUUUUUUCUUUUCUCAACUCUUGCUAAAGACAUGUUAGAGGUCUCUUUUUUGAUUAUGCACUAACAGUUUGAAACAAUUUGGUUUAAAAGUUUAUUCUUUAGCUAUUUCUUUCCAGCUCAAAUUGGAAAUGAGCAUUGUAGUAAUGUCCUUGAGAGGAAGGGUUCUUGCCUAAUGAAUUCCCAUAGACAAAGCCCAACACAAACCUUCACAGAUGACAGAGGGACGAGAUGAGAUUUAGCAGUAAACCGCUGUAACUGUCAUAAUGUAGCCAUUUUGCAGUCCUCUUGAUCGUGAUUUAGAUUUUGUACUUGCACAACAGCAUUCACAAAGUCUGAAGACCUAAAAAAGCAUCAAACCCUGACCCCGUUGUGUGUCCAUUGUUGUAUGGUUUGUUAAUGAUGUUAAAAUCUCAUAAGUUGUUAUUCAGGCUAUUGUGUGCUGCAGUAUUUCCUAGUAUACUUCUUUGCUAAUUGUCUCUCAUUUACGUUUAUUGGGGAUUUUUUGAGAAGUGUUUGUUGUCUCCUUAUUUCAAUCUGUUAAUGUAGUGUUAUAUGUACCCUAUUCCUUAGACUAAUAUUACUGAGUAUGUUAUGAGAAUGGAUAUUUUACUGGCUUUAUAGAAUGUUUAAAUAUAAUAAUGAGAAUAAGAAGAAUGACUAAUUAAACUCCUAACAAGUUGAGUAAUUGGCUAUUAAGCGCUUGUGUUACCAUUAAGAUGUUGUGUGCUUCUCUUAAUCAUUUUCGUUGUAGAAAAAUUGAGUGAAUUUAUAAUAGGCUUCGAAAAACUAAUGAUAGCAUUGUACAUUUACAGGAGGAUUUUAACCGACAACUUGGUCAUAGAAAAAAAUAAUUAUUUUAAUUGUCCUCUUUACUAACUGUAGGGUGAGAAGGGGCUUGCGUUGUGGUGAACUAUGUUAUAGCUUGUUAUUCACUGUUACUUUUGAUCAUUUUUUCGGUCUCCGAGGUGAAUCGAGUUAUUAAUGAGAAUUUGUAUGCUCACAUAUGCAUAUUGUAUAUGUGUAGAAAUGUAAUCACACUUUGUCUUGGAUUUACAUUAAACUGUUAAAUCACG